CCAUGUCCAGAUAACUCUGGAAACAAUCCAGCUGAGUCCAGACUGGCUGCCGAUCGUUGGCUGGCAUAGUGGUGUGGACAUGUGUUAUGGCAUGCUCCUCUGGAAUCGGCUGGGAUUUGCGAAGACAGGUGCAUGUCGUUUCUGAGAGUGGUUCUCCCUCCGUGAGUUGGCGAUCACACGAAGGUAGUCGCGUCGAGACUUACGCAAGAGCGAGGAGCGACGCAACGAGAAACACGACAAGUGCCGAUUGUAGAACAACGCAAGAGGCUGCAAGUACCACGGAAGUAUGGUGCGGACGGGAGCAGACGACGACGACGACGAGCAGAAAUGUGCGAUAGCCACACGGGCGCUCACGUCCUCGUACGGGUCACGGGGUCUGAAUGCACCAGGAGCGCGGGCUUCCUGCAAGGUCGAAGGCGUGUCGAGACGCGAAUUCAAAUCAAACCUCCUUUGAUAUGCUUCUGACUGUCCGGGAGGUG